UCUGCUCCCAACCCCUCAAAACACAAAGCAAAAGCACCUAGUGCAGUGAGAACAAAGUACCCACCAGGCAACAGAAAAGAAUAAAAGAUAAAAGAUAAAGACAGAGACAGACACACUCAUAGGGAUUCUUCAAUCAACUAUAGUUAGCUAGUAAUACUUUUUUAAACUUUUCAAGUCUUUAACUAUACACAUUGGACACUUUCCUCAUCCCUCAGAACCAAACAAACAAUUUUACUUCGCAUUUUUCAGUCUCCAAUGGGUUUCCUAUCCCUAUCUUCUUCUUCUUCUUCUUCUUCUACAUUCUUUCUAUUGAUUCCACUCAUAUUUCAACUACUAACCCUCGCAACAUCCCAGUCAAGCCUAUGCAGAACAUCCUGUGGUGACAUCCCAAUCAACUACCCUUUGGGCAUUGACGAUGGCUGUGGCAGUCCUUACUACAGAAAAAUCCUGGCUUGCUCAAACGGGCAACUCCAGCUCCGAACCCCAUCGGGAACAUACCCGAUCCGAAGUAUCUCCUACUUGGAUCCACACAUUCUUCUCUCCGACCCCUUCAUGUGGAAUUGCCUAGACGGCAACAAUUUUCGCCCGACACGGCCUUUUAGCCUCGACACUAGCACACAUUUCUCCCUCUCCUCUCUCAACGACUACCUUUUCUUCAAUUGUAGCCCAGACCACGUGGUCAUAGGACCUCAGCCGGUUUUUUGUGACCGAUUUCCUGACCGGUGUGACUCGUCGUGCGAUAGUGCCAGUUACCUUUGUCGUAAUUUGCCAGAAUGUCGUUCCGCGUUGGCUAGUGGUACCUCUUGUUGUUCGUACUACCCUAAGGCCACGGAGUCGUUGAGGAUUAUGUUGAAGUAUUGUGCGAGUUAUACUAGUGUUUAUUGGAGGAAUGUUGGAUCCACCCCUCCUUAUGAUCAGGUUCCUGAGUAUGGAAUUAGGGUUGAUUUCGAUAUUCCGGUGACAACAAGUUGCCUUCGGUGUCAAGAUGUGUCAAAGGGAGGCGGCCGAUGCGGAUUUGAUACACAGACACAGAGUUUCUUGUGUCUGUGUGAUGAAGGAAAUGUCACCACUUAUUGCAAAGAUCCUAAUGUUUCUUGGCAUAGUAAGAAGAAUGGAGUUGUUGCAGGGACUGUGAGUGCAGUUUCGGUUGCUGGGGCCAUGGGCAUUGGAGCUGGGAUAUGGUAUUACUUGAGAAAGGUGAAAGCAAAAGCACCGGUAACACAUGGAGUACAGAGCAAUGAGAAUAGGCUUUUCUGAGGGCAAAGCAUAACAGAGGCCAUGAAAGCGUGAAACCAAACACAUCUUUUUCUUAAUUCAUAUUACUCCAUUUUAAUACGUCCCCUUUUGUAAGAUUAGUGGAUACAACUUUUGCAGUUCUACAAGCCACUUCAUGGCCACUUUUCUCUUAGUCAUAUAAAAACUAUAAGAAUCAAGAUAAUUUGCUGUGUUUUUUUU